UCCAUGGCUAAUUCCUCUUGUGUUACUGAGUUCCUCCUGCUGGGUUUCUCCAGCCUUGGGGAAUUGCAGCUUGUCCUCUUUGUGGUUGUCCUCUGCCUCUACUUCACCAUCCUCAGUGGAAACAUCACCAUCAUCUCAGUCAUCUGCUUGGAUCACAGCCUCCACACACCCAUGUACUUUUUUCUAUGUGUCCUUUCUGCCUCUGAGACCUUCUACACAAUUGUCAUCCUGCCCAAGAUGCUUAUCAAUCUGCUCUCUGUACUCAGGACACUCUCCUUUGUGAGUUGCACUUUACAGAUGUACUUCUUCCUCGGUUUUGCUGUCACCAAUUGCCUGCUUCUGGGAGUGAUGGGCUAUGAUCGCUAUGCUGCCAUCUGUCAGCCUUUGCACUACCCCAUUCUCAUGAGCUGGAGGGUUUGUGGGCAACUGGCAGCAACGUGUAUUGUUAGUGGUUUCCUAAUAUCUCUGGUGGGAACAACUAUGGUCUUUAGCCUCCCUUUCUGUGGUUCUAACAAGGUUAACCAUUACUUCUGUGAUAUUUCACCCGUCAUCCAUCUUGCCUGUGCUGAAACCUACAUUAAUGAACUCGUCAUCUUCAUUGGUGGGGUCUUGGUACUUGUUGUACCCUUGAUCUGCAUCUGCAUCUCCUAUGGGUUUAUUGUCUCUACCACCCUGAAGAUCUCGUCAGCUGAAGGCAAGCGAAAAGCAUUCUCCACCUGUGCCUCUCAUCUCACUGUGGUCAUCGUCCACUAUGGCUGUGCUUCCUUUGUGUACUUGCGACCCUCAACCAAAUAUACAUCAUCAGGCAAAGACAGGCUGGUGACAGUGACCUAUACCAUCAUCACCCCACUGUUGAACCCUGUGGUAUACAGCCUAAGGAACAAAGAUGUACAGCUGGCCAUUCGGAAAAUGAUUGGGAAGACUGGGUUUUCUGUUAAGACUUUAUAA